AUGCCUUUUGAAGAGGUUCGUGCACUCCUCACGCAGAUGCAAGUUACAGACAAGGAGCUUCUGGAUGACGGAUUUGUUGCAGGAUCCGGCGGUUGGGAAAUCUCCACAGCAGUGUGUCUUUUCGUGGCACUUGGUGGAAUGCUGUUAGGCAUUGAGAUUCAGUUAGACAUUGAACAGGGUGAGAUCCGCUUCUUUGCUUUGGGCGGCAUCGUGGGCCCACUCCUUGCAGUGGUAUCAUGCCUGAUCGACAGUUUGGGACGCCUGGGAUUCUUGUGGCUCGGUGGAAUUGGAUUUUGCAUUGGCGCAGCAGUGCAAAGAUUUUAUCCUUCGCAAAGCGUGCUGCCCAAUGGAGCUUGUAUCUCAGGGGCCGCCGCAGGUUUACUUUGCGCAAGCAUUCCUAUCUUUCAGGGUGAGGUAUCUCAUCCGGAGCAUCGUGGUGCAAUGGUUACAGCGUACCAGCUUGCCAUCGCAUUCGGCAUCCUGGUGACGUCGAGCCUUGAGGUCUGGGUUCACCCAAGUGUGUCCACUUCAGAUGUCAUGGUGCUUGUGCUGGCAGGCCUGCUGACAGGGGGCGUGUAUUUCCUGCCCAAUUCCUACAGAUGGCUGGUUUCCAGGAGAAGAUUCAAAGAAGCUCUAGAGUUGGCUCGCCGCACGUGCGGUUCCAGCCAAGAUGUCAGGCUUGAAAUUGCAAUGUGCUACAAAGAGUUCCGCAGAGAGCGGAAGCUUGGCAGCAGACAUGCAACAUCAAACGCAGCAGCAGAAUCUGCACCAGCAGCAUGCAGAUCUUUAUCUUUUGUGACCUGGCAGGGCAACGGGCAAGCCAAACUGGGUUGA